UAUAUUAAUUCUAUAUAAAUAAUUCAUAUUAGUUCUAAAAAUUUUUAAUAAUAAAGAUCACAAAUAGCGAUUAAAAUUUUAUACAUAAAUCUGGUGUCGCACUGACGUCGGUCAGAAGCCUAACCAGUUGAUUAAAUUCUCUCUUUUUCUUUAUGUAAUACAUACAGUUCUACAAUAUAUGUAUAAAAACGAACUGUUGAAAUACGAUUAAAGCUGAGCGACGUCAGUAAAACCGGCCCUUGGAAGAAUUUUUGUCGUCUGCGGUCUAUUCAGCGCGACGACAGUCUGUGGUCCCCCGAUUGUGGUCGAUGUGAAAGCGUUAAGGCUUAACACUCGCUUUCGCCGUCCGCAGUGGACACGUGGAAAUUGCACGGCGAGAGGAAAGUCUGCCCCCAAUGCCAGAGGGAAGCUGUGCCGACGCUUCAUACGCGCGACGGCAAACUAACGACCUCACAUAUCGGAGCUCUCUGCCCUUUCGGGUACGUACACGUUGAGAAUUAAUUAAUUGAAAGAAAGAGAAAGUCCUUGAAGAAAAUAUUAAGCUAAAAAAAAAGCGUUAUUGCAAAAUGUUUCACGUAAUAAUUUAUCACAAAAAAUUAUAUUAAUUUUUUCUAUUUAAUUUGUUAAGUAAUCCAUUCACGUAAUCAAUCGCACGUUUAGUUCAAGAGUAUCGUUAUCUCUGGUAAAUAUAUCCUGUAAUAUUACUGACAGGUAAGAAGAUCGUCCUGCUGCUUUUAUCUUUAAUCAUUUAUCAUACUUCUCUUGAAUACGUUACAUAGACUCCUACAGAACUUUCGCGUUUAUCCGAUAAAACUUUUUGCUUCCUACAUGUAACGUCGUUUCCUCCGCGGCGACCUUCCGUUCCCACCCUUAACGAGAGAUAGCUUUUUACUGACCUCACGAUACGCAUGAUUGACCAAAUAAAAAUUAAAAAACUCGCAGCUUUUUGCUUUCGUACGAUGUCACCGUCCAACCAAUUUUCCGCGAUAUUUUGAGAAUUUCUAGAAUUUAAGUCAAAAUUCGAAAUCUAAGUUUAAUUUAAAUCAAACAUAAAUUUUUCAGUAUUUCAAAACUAAAUAAUAUCAAUCUUUUAAAAACGUUCCCCCUCUGCUUUUGAUUUGCAAUUCGAGCGCAACCGUGCUAUCAGGUUCUUACAGCAGAGCGAUUCGCAACAGAUGUUGGCCAUUUUGCUUUAUUCCGUUAAUGACGAAGCGCGCGAAGAGAGUUCGCAUGAUCUGUCCAUUGUGCGGCCACGUUUACGGCACCUUCGAGUACAAAAAAACGCGAAGCUGACGCCGCCGGUGAGAUUCGAAAGCAGACUCGCAUCGCAUCGCCCGUGCCCGCGAGCUUCCGCGUGCCAGCCACGAGGGAAGUAUCGCUGGAAAAUUAAUAAAGAGCGCUCCGCGAACGUUCGUUAUUAAUAUAUCUAACAAACGUCAUUGUGCUUCUUCCCUAUAAAGCGUUUUCAACAUUAUGCUCGUGUUCAAUACUAAUAUUUCAAUAUCGAUCGUCGCAAUGACGCAAUUAUGUUCAUCGCGAAAGAGAGAGUUUAAUUAACGUGCUACGCUUUAUUAUUCUACAUUUUAAUAAAGUACUUUAUCAAUGCACAUGGCUUUGUUAUCCACGUGAAUAAUUAAGACUCGGUUGAUGUUUCAAAUAAUAAAAUAAACCACCUAGCUGAAAUUAAUACGUUUCAACUAAUGAACGUGUUUCAAAACAAGAAAUUAAUUUACAAGACUUUUCAAUGGUACAAAUCUGUAAGAAUACAAAGACACGUCGAAAGAGCAAAGAUUUGUUUCCGUUACGUUAAUGUAAUAUUUUUCAGAAACAUAAAUACAAUUUUGUGAAUUCACAAUAAAGGCACAAUGUUAAAAUAAUGUUUCCGCGAGAAAAUGACUGUCUGUGGCGGACAUUUAAUUACCCCGGUACUAAAAUAGUAUUAAAUAAAUAUAUCGAACCGUUGAAGAAAGAUAAAAGCUCUCGUAUCUACAAAAUGACAGCGGCGAGGAAAAAAGCAGCGAGUUGGUGCGCGAUUCGCGCGAUACAUUCCUGUUCCAAUAUGCAGUUACGGGCACGAUCGUCAACUCCCGCGCGAUUUCCAUAAUGACUUAUUACGCCCGUAAUUAAACCGCGGAUUUUGUUGUAAUCAGCGGCCGUAGCGGCCGUAGCGGUCUGAAUCGGUUUACCGCAAACAAUGCCGAUUGAGCGCCGCGCGUUUAAAACAGUAAUUAGAAAUACGUUCGUAAAUUCUGUUCAUUAAUGUGCUAUGCCUCCCCCUCUUCCCCCGAGUGUGUGCUCUCGUUGCAGCGAAAUGCGCGUGCACCGGGCUGGUUUAUGUUUAUCGCGCGCGCACGAAUGAAUUUAUGCUUCUAGAAAGCAGGGCGCUUUUGUAAAUCACAAAGGGCGGAAUGCAAGCGGAGCGGACCGUCGCAAAGUGGCACGUUGCUUCCGUGGAUUCCGACGGAUUUCCGACUGAAAGCACCCGAUGGUAAAGCUCGCGCGCCGAAACGACGGACGAACAAUGUCUUCUCCACGGAAGGUCCGCACAAAGCCAAGGGCCUUUAUUAAUUCUGAGUAAAUUAAAAAUUGCAAAGCGAUAUGUACGUAAUUAAAUUAGUAGCGGAGAAUUUUACCCGUUUUGGCUCUUGUCAAUCCUCAGUUGAUUAAAAAUUAUAGAGAUAUAAGAUUAUUAUAACGAAAAUCAAAGCGAAAGUUUAUUACAAGUCUGAAUGUAAAGCCAGCACGCAAGUUGAACACGUAUAUAUUUACAGUUGAAACAUGGAAAUACCACGACGAAUCAAUUCGCUGUCCUGCAUGUGGCGUGAAGGAGGCACCGGUAAUAGUAAAACAGCAGAAAUUCACGAGCUCUCGUCUGACUGCAUUUUGCUUAUUGGGGUUAGUUGUACAAAAUCAUUGUAGUUGAUUAUUUAACAAAAGCAGCGAAACAGUACGCCGCAAUUAUACGUUGAAACAAUACAUUAUUAACAAAAAAUUAUGCUAAUUGCAUGUUACGUUACUCUGAUAUCAAUCGCAAUGCAUGCGCGCGUGUGUAAAAAAUGUGUGUAAAAAAAGGUUUAUAUUUAUUCACUGAGAUCACGAAAGCGCCACGAUAAAUUGAUAAUUUUUAAUAUUAAAAAAAUAAUAUUACUAAAUUAAUUUUAAAUAAAUAGAAAGGACCGCCAGAAAAAAAAGAGGGGUUUUAAUGUUUCACUUGCAUAACCAUUCCAAUAUUUCGCGUAAAAUUCGCGCAGAUAAAGCAAUGCCGUGGUAAAACAAGUUUUCAAUAAUCGCUUAUUAGCGGCGGUAAAAACGAUGCUAAUUAGCGAGGCGCACCUGCGGUGCUCUCUCUCUGAAUAGUCUCUCCCCUAUAAUGUACGGGUUUCACAAAAGACUAACGCGCAACCAUAGCGCGAAACGGUUGAAGAGCGAAUCGCCGCGAGUCGUAAUCAUUAAAUCCCUUUCGUUAAAUUUAAUCCUGGUCGCGGCGGCGUUCGUUUUCAGCGAAUUGAAUUCAUACGCGACGGAAAUCGCAAAAUUACGCGCUCUCAUAAAUCAGGACGAGUGACUGCCGAUAAGCGUGUAAUACCGUAUUUCAAAAUGAAAUAUAUUCACUUCAUUAAAUCUGAUUAGCAAGGUGCAACACCAUUUUAUGUAGCGAUGUAAGCUCCAUCAAGAAAUAAUCUCAUUUACGAUACAUUUACACGAUUCUUUUUCCCGACGUGCAUUUAAAGGUAAUUUCAUAAUUCUUGAACUUUUAUUAAUUAUACAUAAGUCAGUUAAUUAAUAUGGAAGAUACAAAGCGCUUCUGUUACAUCGUGUGCUGAUUAUUGUAAAAGUAUACAGCAAAGUUGCAUACUUAUUCGAGCGCGUUAUUAUUUGCGGUUUAUCGCAACCUUGAUCAGAGCUACUUUUCAUGGGAUGAGAAUUCAGAAAGAUACACGUAAAGAACAAUGUCGAAAUCGUAAUGAGAAUAAAUUGCAAUACAUUACAAGUUUAAAAUCUUCUUCUCUAACAAAAGAAAAAUACUCUCAUUUCUAGCACUAGUUUUAUUACAUUUUUUUUAUUUUACAAUCUAUAUAAUUUAGCAAAAUAUUACAGGCCUUUACUUUUUCUUUCUCAAGCCUUAACGGAAAACUGGGACAAAAGUAGCAUUUUGAUACUCUUUUUGUAGAUGCUGGCCCUUCUGCUUCAUACCGUUGCUAAUGAGACGAGACAAAAGCGUGCGUACAUUGUGUCCGCGUUGUGGCCACGAUUACGGGAUUCGUACACGAGCAGAGAACAAGCUCAUCGCCUGUUCGGACGAAUGCGCGUCUAGCCGCAGGAAAUUAAGCGAUUUCGCAGAUUCACAACCGUGUCGUCUUCGGGUAGAGUGUGGUGGCUCGCGAAUGCAACCGGGACAUCGUCGGGUGAGCGAUAUGGUUGCACAUUACUAAUCACAUUAGCAAAUAGAUUCCAGCAAAUGCUAUUCGCUGGUAGAUAUCGACCGAUUUUGAAAUUACUGAUUUAGAAAUCCCUGAUUUCGAAAUGUCAGUUGGGAAUAUUUUCGAAUAAAAACAAAAUAACUUAAUUAUCAAUUUUGCAAUAGCGUUACUUUUACGACGAUUUAAUUUUAAUAGCAUUUCAUAUAUUUCCUAAACAGAAUAAUUUUAUUAUAAAGGAGAGAUUUGUGAUUCUCUUAAAUUAAGAUAUAAUUAUCACUAUGUCUGUCAUUAACUAUAACCAUCUUUAAAAUCCCAUCAAUCUUUCACUCGAAAGAUCUUUCUCUAAUAUUAAUAUCAAUACUUUAAAAGAAAUUGAUGCAAGACAAUGCGCUUUACGUGCUUCAUUCACUAUAGUCUCACGUGCGUUUUCGUUUCGCGUCAUUACGUCAUCGCGAAGGGAGAUAAAAAAAGAAAUCGAUAUCUAUCCGUCUAUCGGUUGAAAGGCGAUACACAGAUAGCGUGCUAACGUCAACGACGUUUCUCGUAUGACAAAGAAAACACUUUCCAUGGAUGACGAGGCCGCGAGAGCUCUCAGGGUCUCGGAGGAGCGUCUUCGGCGAGGAGAAGGCGGAUCUUGUCGCCGCCGGUCGCAAUCGAAGCUAUCGCGUGGAUACGUCUUUUGUGCGAACCAGGUCACGAAUCGCGGUUUAUCUGCCGAGUGUAGCAGUGAUGAUUGCGUGGACAAUAAGUGGGAGUAUCGGCGUAACCUGGACGAAUUGAAAGCUCCGAAAGCUCAAGGGCGAAACAAAUCCGGGAGCAGCACGGAGACGGCGGUGGUCGAUUUUUAUGCGAGACAGGUUUGCUGUCGAGAGUGCGGCUAGGCGGAACGAAUAAAGAGAUGGUCGAAUGAACGAACGGGACGAACGAACAAAUGUAUUUGCACAUCGCUCGCGAAACGCGAACUGUUACUUCGUUAUUCUGUGCAAAUUCAAUUCUGCGGAAUUCUACGGUGGUAGGGAAGGCGAGUUCCCUGCCGUGGAACUUAAAUGGAAACUCGUGGCACAAACAGUUCCACGCUGCAAGAGACGCGAUUUGCGUUCCUGGCUGACUGACAAUUUCGUGGAGAACUUCGCGAAACGAGACGAGACGAAACAAGACGGAGAGAACGAGACACGACACGUCAUAUUAUUACUUUAUUAAUCACCCUUAGCGGAUUUUCAAGAGUACGCGUCUUUCUUUUUUUUAUUUGUUCUACUUUUAGGCAGCGCUUGCUUUUUUUGUGAGAACAACCGGCGGCAUCUUUUUUUAUUGGAGAUUUAUUUACGCAGUUAUCCAUUUAUUUUUAGAAGAGCUUUCACGUACAAGAUUUUGUGACAUCAAAUAGUGAAAUAAAUCGUCUCUAAAAACCGUGUUAAAACCUUCGCUUCUGUAUGAAAUAACGUUCCGACGAUUAUUUUCAUGUUAAAAUUUUUGAUAUUCUUUCAUCUCAAUUUUUCAUGCUUUUCAAAGUUUUUAUAGUUUCAUUUUCAAUCGUGUAUAAAUCGAAAGGAUUUUUACAUGAUACUGCGCAACAAAUGCUUUUCAAUAAUUCUUUUUCAUCCCACUUUUGUAAUUUUUUAAAAUUUAGAAAUAAUUAUUGAUGCGAUUUUCGUUACAAAAACUGCACAUACAUUCCUGGAAAUUGCAUUGAAGCGAACGAGUUUCGGAUAAACGAGGGUAUUUUCUAACGGGAGAUUUAAUAGGCGUACUCCAAUUUAUUGACGCGUUUAAGGUAUAAAAUAAACGAAUCGCCGCGCCGGGACGUAUGAAUGGCUCUCCACUUUUCUUUCUCUUUCCCUCCUUUUUUGUCAGACAACGACGACAUUCGUUUCAUUUCCUUAUUACCUCAUUAUCUAACGCCGACCGACUUGUCUACCAAGUGCAUCCGGAUAAUAAUUUCUCGGAAUUCUUUGUCGGGUUUAGCUCGUAAAACGGGAAAAACUCGCGCGCGCUGAAUGAAUAACUGCGCGCGCGAACCUCGAUUCCCGCUAAAUGCAACUCUGCCGCCGGCGUAAAUCGCGGCCCGAAAGUGCAAUCGCGCUUGUUGCACCUUAAUUACUAUAAUCGGCCGCUUUAUUAAUCGUAAAUAGGUAAAGUAUCGAAAAUCCUUUCAACUUUAAAUUCGGCUAUUCAUUAGCAAAUUACUGAUUAAAGUAUAAUGUAAUUCACUUUAUCAAGCGCUUUUUGAUAUAUUAAUAUGAUUAAUAUCUCUAUUAUACUAAUAUGGAAGAGCUAUUUUAUAUUAUAAUAUUAUACCUUAAAUUAGUGUAAUUUUUUCCACACAUGAUUUCACUUGUAAUUUUUGUAAUGUAAAAAAUGAGGCGGUAAUGUUAACGUCAACAUUCAUAAAUUUAAAUUUUGGGAUAAAGAUAGAGAUUUUUGAAGUGGCGAUUUAUGUAACAAUUUUACUUUGAUGCUUCAGUAAAACUUUCUCAAUUUAAGCACACAAAUUUUAAACAAAAUUUAAUUAUGCGACAUAUCAGAUUUAUUUAAUCCAACAAGCAAAUUUUCUUUAUCGAAUUUAUUAAUCUGCCACACACAUAAUGUCGCGCCACACAACGUCUGCCCUUGAAAAAGGUAAACCCGAUUGCGUAAUGCGUUUUGAAUUAUUCGGCAAAAGCGAAGCAAAAAGUGCGCCACAGGAGAAUACGGACAACGUAUGCAAAUUACAUGCCCGCGAAAAAAAAAGUCGCAAAAAGUCCCGACGAGUCGCACAGCCGCCGAUUCUGGUGUUUCUAAAUGAGCGGUCGGAUUCGCGCUUAUCUAAACAAUUAGUAUGCACCAUCACAACCGUAUACGUUAUGCUCCGCAGCAUAUCGCACCGUGUAACUAAACGAAUGCGAUUACGCAUUCGCCCGGUUGGAAGUAUAUACGUAAGUAACGUAAGUUGUUAUCGUUCGUUUUAUUUGCGGAAGCAGACAUAUAUAUAUACUUACAAUAAUAUAUAUACUUACAAUUAGCUUAAUGGUUUCCAGUGAAAUUGAGAUUUAAGAUUAAUCACGAUUGAACGCGAAUUACUUUCAUCAAUCAAAGAAAUUGAUUACAUUGUCCUUGAAACAGUUAAUUAAGCAGAAGCAAACUGAAAUCGAUAUCUUUAGAGUUGUUCGGAGUUUGUCCGUCUGAUUGUGAGUGAAUUAACGGCGCUGUAAUUAGCGACGGGCACAUCGCGACGAAGCACGUAAGGGAAAACGCGUGGCUCAGCAAAGUUCUCCAUUCCGUAAAAGACGAGUCACCCCCGUCGGGACCAACCCGCCACCUUCUCGCCCUUUUAUUGUCGCCGAUAGUACGUCCGCGAACGCUGAUUGGCCGGAUGUAGGAAGAAGGACGAAGGGCUCUCUCUCUCUCCUCACGGAAGGAAAGUUUUCCCCGAGCGGAGAGAACGCGGCCGGCCAACCAGCCAGCGACGUGGCGCACGUAACGGGGAUAAAACGAUGAAAGUAAUCUCGGCUCUGAUCUCGUAGACGGUUACCAGAAUCGGCGAUCGAUACGCCGGAGUGCGCCCGUAAAGACAGCUCGAUUCCACUCCAUUCACGUGCUUCUAAUAGAGUUUAGUUCUCUUGUUGUCUUCGCCUCGUUGCAGCUCAUCUUUCGAUGGCGAAACUUAUGGAUCGUAGUCCUCGAAUAUAAUAAAUAUCGAGUAAAAUAAAUAAAAUAAAUAUCGUAUAGCCAGAAAGAAAGCGAAAAAAAGGAGAGAGAAAGUGAGCGAAGGAAAAUGUUUAUCAAAUGCAAAUUUUAGGCAUCAUAACCACAAUAUAAUAACGAGAUUGUAAGGGGGUACGUUGCAUGUUGCAUUAGAUAUGUUGCGUAUAAUAGAGCACAGAGUCAAUUUAAUUUGAUUCACAAAACAACUUAGGAACUUCUUUCAAUUUUUAAAUCCAUAUUCUUUAAAAAAACGUACAUUACGCGUUGUUUCUCUACGAGUAAACGAGAGCUUUAGAAACCGCAAAUACGCAAAAAUGAAAUGCAAAUUAAUAAACGGUGAGUAUACCAUAUACGAAAUACGAAUCUUCUACUAUACUCUUGAACCUCAAUCUACCGUAGGAGUAUACUGGGAAAAGAGAGAGAAAGAGAGAGAGAGAGAGAGAAAUCAUUGAGUGAGUUGCACGAUACCGGUCGCGAAGAUACGCUGGCUGAUCGCGCGGGGAUGAAGAAUACAAUGUGAGAUCGUCAGUUAAACUGGGCCAUGAAAGCGGUACCCGAGUGUUAUAAGAAAAGCCAUAUAAUUAGCAUUGCAAACGUUGCCUCGCUCCCGCUCCCUUCCGGUUUCGUUCCUCUUAGAAUUCGUUUAACGCCGGUCUCUCUACCUCCAUUCCCGGUUUCAAAAAAUCCGACCAUUUAUACUCCGUUCUGCAUCCUAACGAGCAAAUUAAUUAGUUUGCAUAGAACUUUAUUAUAGCCUGACUCGAUCUCAUUUUUGUCUUCGUGAAAAACAUGAAUGUUUAAUUAUUCGAGGAGUGAUAAUAUACGCAUCACAUACAUAAUAAAUACAUAUAAUAUAUAUACUCUAUAAAUUUUAAUCAGUGAAUAUUCACUGAUUCGCAAUGGCUUACUUAUCACUGUGAUAAUCAGUGAAUAUUCACUGUAUUUUAGUAAUUUUCACUUCAGAAAUUAAUGUAUAGUCACUAAAAGAUCUGUGUAUUUAUUUCACUGAUUGAUAAUCAAUAAAUGAUUAUAUGUAUAUCACUGAAAGUCAGUUUAUUUCUACUGAUUUUGUCGAGUUUUCACUGAUUGUGAUUUAGAGAAUAGAUGUAAAAAUUAUUUUAUUAUUAUACUAUAUAUAAAUAUUGUACACGUUUCUUGAUUUAUCUUUUAGUUGGUUUAUCAAGAUUUCCAUUAAAAAAUGUAGAAUCCAUCAAGCAAGGAAUAAAAGAGAAUAUUUAUCUCCAAACUUCAAUUUAUCAAAAUAUUUUUAUUUUUCAUUACUAAUUGGCUAAAAAGUUAUUUGUUAUUGAAUAUAAAAAAGUUAUUGACGUUUCAGUAUUUUUGUUCAACUUCCGUCCUAAAAUUCGAUGAAAAGUCUGUUCUAGACAUAGUUCGCGAAUCAUAUUCGGUAUCGUGUUCCACUCUCUCGCUGCUAUAUUUCCCGUUUCAUUGGAAUAUCAUUCGCAAUAACUGUGUCCCUUUUUUCCAUUCGACAUGCUUGACUAGUCGCGCAACAAGGAACCUUGACCGCCUCUCUGCUUCUCCUCUCGAGAAAUCCCAUGCUGUUAACUCCGUCCUGUAAUCAAUGCACCAUCACCGUCGUUAUGACCACCUACGAUACCGAUAUCCUCUUCCUUCAUUCGGAUUUUACGACCGUUGUCCCUCGCGGCGGCUUUACAUAUUUCCGGGAGUCUUUUCUUUUCUCGGUCUUUCUCCUUGAUGAUCUUUUAGUGUGGAAUUUCAAAGAAUCGAAGUAUCACAGAACAUUGGAAAAAGGUAAGAGAAGAGUUUGAUAGAAACGUUAUUCGACACGGAAAUGCAUAAUCUCUUUGAUUUCCUCAGAGAUUCCGAAUGAUUCUCGAAGAUUUGAACAUUUGCAUUUUCUUUCAACAGUACACGGGACGUAUAACUAUUAACUUUUAUAAUAUAUAUGGCGAUUUGGUAUAAUAAAAUUUUAAAGCAUUUUCUAAGACGAAUUCAUGGUCUAUUUUCAUUUAAAUUCAUUAAAUUGCUUAUAAAUUCUUAUUAUAGUACACUAAAUAUACUUCUGGAUAAGAAAAAUAUUAUUCUACUACUUCUACUUCUUAUUCGAAAAAUGUUACUUUUUCUUAUCAUUACACGUUUUGCGUAUUUUAUUACGUGAAUGGCAUUUUUAAUUAUCAUCAUUAUAUUUCACUGUUUUAUAUUUUAUUUCGGAUUUAUCAUCUUUGAUUUCAUAACUUUUUAAACCUAUAGUAUAUUAAUUAAGGAAAAAAAGUCUCAUGUCCACUAGGAGAUUUAAUUUCUCGAUAAAAUAGGAGAGCACCAAGGAAAAUCAUGAACCUGUUCGGCUUAUAAACGAUCGUCCCCCUUGUGACGAACGAUCGGGCAUCCUUUAAUAUACCAACCACCCGUCCACACCGUCCCACGUAAUUUUGCGAUGGCGACCACUUUCAAACUUGGCCUCCGUUGGGUGUUACAGUUUUAUAAAUGGGGUGUGGGUUAAUUAGCACGAUAAAAUCCACUAGGUCAAGUCGCCACGCGGUCGAACUCUAAAUCUUAGGAAAGAAUAUAAAGAAUUACCAUUUUCUUUAUUAUAUUACGAGGAAUUUUGAUUAUCCAAUUUUUAAGCGCUAAUGCUCGAGUCGAAGACAUUACUUUCGAUGCAAUGCACUCUUAUAGAGACAUCUUGAUUUUUACCGAUAAAAAUUAGAUACUUACUAAUCCUAAAAUUCGUCAAUGUUUAGAUAAAAAAAAAAAGUUUAAUAAUUAAGACAAAGUCUUAACUAUUUUCCAAAUUUACCGAAUUGUUUUACAGUAAUGAUGUGUAUCGAUAUACGAUAAACUGUUAGUCAUUUUUCGUUUCGAACACGUGUCUAAUGCAUUAACGUGUCUAAUUAAUUGCGAUUUACAACAGCGAAUUAAAUUGUGCCUUUAUUUUGCGCGUAGGAAACCAUAAACGAGCCGCAUCGAAGUUCAGGAUCCGUGAUAGCCUUUUGCGCGCGUCUAAUUAAGCCGCGUUUGAGAGCUCAGGGUACAUCAAGUGCAAUUCGCAGAUCAACGUCAGAGAUCGUGCCGAAAGGGAGAGGAGAUUACGUCUAAUUCGGUUCCAAGUGAGUGCAUAUAAUCCGCUUGGCACGUAAUUGAGCUUAGAUUAGGCGCUUGUAGAUUAUGAAUAGAUCGUCAGCAAUUGCGUUGUGAUAAUUAGCACUUUAGGGGAGGAACGCGCGUCGAGAACCGAGCCGAUAAUUCGCUAACCCGCCAUGGUGCAUCGAAUGAACCAGCAAUAGAUCUGCUAAGACGGGAUGAUGCUAAUUUACGAGAGGCUAUUAGUUGACAAACGUUAACGAUGAUUUACAGCAUUGUACAAGUUGUUAUCACAAAUAUCAGAAAGCGCUAUGAGAAUUACAUUAACUGGCUGAACUGUUAAGAAUUUAAUAUUUGAUAUUGGAAAAAGAUCUCCUUUUACGUGUAGAAUAACUCUGAAAGUAAAAUAUAAAGACAUAAGCGUUUCAAAUCAUCCUAAGUAAACUCACGCUUAGAAACAUUAUCCUGACGGCGCAAAAGAGAAUAAGCUCUUCGUUCUUUUGUUCUGGCUUAGACUGCUUGCCGGUAGUCACAGUAAUGAUUCAACUCUAGUUUAAUUAGGAGCGGAACGGACGCCCGGUAUACAGUCUGAACGACACCCUCGCGACGCCGCUUCUCUUUCGUCGUCGUCGUCGUCGUCGUCGUCGUAGUCGUAGUCGACGGCACUUCGAUCGUUUGUCGAGCGCUCGUUAAUUAAUCGCCCGUCGCGUUCGAGAACAAACGAAGCGAGAGCGGCGAGCGCGAGCGGAAGGAUAUAAACGAGGCUACUAAGUUAUUCUAUUGGAGUCACCGCUCUUUCUCGACUCUCCUCCUCUGUUCUUUUAAUGACAUGCGGGAUGCUCGCGAUCCGCGUUGUCGCAGCUGAGACCGCUAUGCUGACGCGUUGACGCGCGGCUUUAAGCGAUCUUACGGCAAUUUAUCAUGUAAAGUGCUCCACUUACACCGCGUUACUUUCUAAUGGCAGUUUCAUUAAUUAUAAUUCGAAAUUAAUUCUCUUUUCUAUAAAGAUAUCGAUAUACACAAUUUUUCGAGUAAUUUAA